AUACAUGCGGUUGUUCUAUUAUUGUUGAAAUUUUCAUAUUUGUAAGAAGUAUUCAAGCUUCUCUUCGUUCUUUCAUCUUUUAUCUUGGUCUCUACUUCAUUCAUUUCUCUAAUUUUAAUUUUCUUUCUUUUUCCAACUUCUGGGAACGAGGGUUUGGAACGAUGGUAUUAUAUUAAUCAAUUUUUGUGUUCUUGGGUUAUGUUAUCAUCGUGUUGUGGUUCUGAUGGGUUCUCCUUCAUUAUAUAUCCUAUUUAAUUUUUAUUUUUGAAUAGCUUGAAGAAAAGGGCAAUUUUCCUUAAUCCUACCCACCAAUCUUGGCCCCAGUAUAGCUCCCCCAUAACCGAUCCCUCCUUAUCCCUUUAUCUCAGCCCGAAAAACCAAAAAUAUAAGUAUGAAGAUUUCAUUUAGAUUCCGUUUCACUUGCCUUUCUGUCACUUAAUACAAACCCUAGUGCCGAUGAUGAACCAAUAUUGCAGUAGGCGAGAGGAAAUGGGAACGAGAACAAACUUCUACAAGAACCCUUCUUUUACAUACAACAAAGAUUACGACCUCAACUCAGUUCUUCAAAAUCUAAAAGAUAACAAAAGUUCCAUAUUUAUGUCUUCAAAUGCACACACCACACAAUCUUUCUGCUGGUUUGAGGAUUUUUAUUAUUUCAAUCUCACAGCUUAUAAUGCUGCCACCGGAAAUCCAACUCUGCCGGAUGAUGAAUCGGCCUCCAGCAAGGGAAAAUGCCCCUUACAAUCUAACCGACUACAAGCGGUGGAGGUUCUCGCCUUCCAUGGUUAAAAGACAUAAAAUUGAAGAAAGCGAUGGACCCAUGCCUCACCAUGUAUAUUCAGAAAAUUAGGAAAGAAGCGUAUUCGAUUGAAUCCUUCGAGGAAUUAACUAAUAGAGUGAAGGUUCGGGUUCAGCCUCUGGUGGACGAUUGGUGUUGGGAUAUGACAACUGAUGAUAUUUGCAGCAUGGAUUGCAAAGCUGGGCUUUUGGACAAUCUAAAAAACUCAGGUUCAUGGAUUUUAUACGGUAUUGAAGAUGGUCUCAGAUAUGGAUUUGGUAGCAUUGAGAGGGUUAGUGUAUGUAUUCAUCCUCCAGUUCAUCUUUGCUCUUCAACAACUCAUUUUUCCCUAGGGGAUUUUUGGUUAUCAUCUAGAUACAAGGAAUCAUAGGAGAGCUAUACAAUUUUUCUUGAAAUGAAGCCUGCAAAUUCAGUCGUGGAGAAGGAGCUUUCUUAGUUACAUCAAGCACAUGAUGCUUUAGAUGCAACCAACAAUCUCUUUGAACAUGCCGAUUACAAUUACACUAAAGCUUUUGUUUUCAUUGAUAAAGUGGUUCUUGUUUUUCUCCUGCAUGCUCACAGGACAAACAAUUGGAGCUCAAUCUAUUAUUAGCUGCCAAGGAUUAUUUAGGGGUAAUUUCAGAAUCGGGAUAUAUGCUUAAAGAUGACGAGGAUAAUCUAUCUAGAGGCACAAGAUAAUGACAAGAUAAGGAAACUACGUAUUGUAGAAGGCUCUUUCUUUAGACCCUAAUUAUCGUACACAUUUAUGAUCUGCUGAAUAUGAUAAAACCUGUAGUUAGUUCUCAACUUUGGAACUACAUGUAUGAUGUUUUUUUUUUGCUAAAACUUGAAAGCAAUUGGUAAAAUAGGGAGUGGGUUUUAGUGGCACCCAGUUUGGGCUAGCUAAAACAGUGAACCAAAAACUUUUGGGGUUUCCGAAUUCGAUUUUGAUAUAAGUUUUUCCAUAUUUAUAGAAAAUAAGUCCAAACCUGGAUUGGAGGAAGGUA